UUAAGGCGACUGGGUCGGAGCAGUAGAUAGAUUUUGACCCAAAACCAACUCACCAUGGGUUUAAGCCGAAACCCAAUAUUUGGAUAUGGUGGUGGUGGGUCACUUGUGGGCAACAUCUGCUGCCCAAAAAACCAUAUCAGUAACGCAAAAUAACUCAUUUAACAGAUUAAGCAACAAUCCAACUACAAUGGCAGCCACUGCUGCUGCAAGAACUCUCCUCUUCUCCACGCAAUCCCAUCUCAAACACUUAUCCUUUCCCUUCUCUAAUCCACUCUCCACUAAGUUACCAACUCUCAAAAAGAAUCACAUUUUUAUCAGGUCCUUGCAAUCAGCCACCCAUCAGGUCACCACCACGCAAACUCAAGAAUCAAUUCGCCGCCAAAACGUUGUUGAUAUCUUGGAAGAAAGAGGCUUGCUUGAAUCAGUUACUAGUGAUAAUCUCAGGUCAGCUUGUUCAAUUUCUACUCUCAAAGUCUAUUGUGGUUUUGACCCCACUGCUGAAAGCUUACACUUGGGUAAUCUUAUUGGUAUAAUCGUGCUUUCUUGGUUUCAAAGAUGUGGUCACAAAGCGUUCGCCUUGAUUGGUGGUGCUACUGGAAGAAUUGGUGACCCAUCUGGGAAAAGCUCAGAAAGGCCAGAACUUGAUCUCGAUAGUUUGGAAAAGAAUAUACUUGGGAUUAGUAAUACUCUUACUAGAAUAUUUAAUGCUGAUGUGAAUUUGAGUAACCCAAUUGUAGUUUUGAAUAAUUAUGAUUGGUGGAAAGAUGUAAAGUUACUUGAUUUCUUGAAACAAGUUGGAAGAUACGCUAGGGUUGGUACUAUGAUAGGGAAAGAGAGUGUGAAAAAGAGGCUUGAAUCUGAACAAGGGAUGAGUUAUACUGAGUUCAGUUAUCAGCUCUUGCAGGGGUUUGAUUUUCUUCACCUUUUUAAAAAUAAGGGUGUUAAUGUUGAGAUUGGUGGCAGUGACCAGUGGGGUAAUAUCACUGCUGGCACUGAACUUAUCCGAAAAAUUCUGCAGCCAGAAGAUGGAGCUGAGGCCUAUGGCUUGACAUUCCCUCUUUUGUUGAAGAGUGAUGGCACGAAAUUUGGCAAGUCAGAGGAUGGUGCCAUCUGGCUCUCCCCGUCAUUUUUAUCUCCGUACAAGUUUUAUCAAUACUUUUUCUCUAUUGCUGAUGAUGAUGUUAUUAGGUUUCUUAAGAUACUUACAUUCUUGGAGUUGGAUGAGAUUGCUGAGCUGGAGAGGGAAAUGAAGAGACCUGGCUAUGUGCCUAACACAGCUCAGCGUAGGCUUGCCGAAGAAGUAACUCGUUUUGUUCAUGGUCAAGAUGGGCUACUUGAGGCUAUUAAGGCCACUGAGGCAUUGAGACCUGGAGCUGAGACUAAAUUGGACUGGAAAACCAUUGAGGGUAUUGCUGAGGAUGUCCCCUCCUGCUCUUUGGCAUAUGAUCAGGUCCUCAAUCUUUCGCUUGUUGAUCUGUCGGUUACUGCUGGUUUGAUUGAUAGUAAAUCAGCUGCUCGCCGUCUAUUGAAACAAGGGGGCCUCUACUUGAACAACAGCAGAGUCGAUAGUGAAAGUAAGAGAGUUGAGUCCCAAGAUAUUGUGGAGGGGAAGGUUCUCCUUCUAUCCGCAGGCAAGAAGAACAAGGUUAUUGUAAGAAUAUCUUGAUUGCUCUUGUUAGACAGUUUGUAAUUUGCUACAAAUUAUUAUUUUUCUAUCUUGUGAAUUCCUUACUGCAUUAGAAACUAGCAAAUUUUAUCUAAUAGAAAUGGCUGGAAGAGAUUAUUUUGAAA